AACUCGCUGAAACCGGAAGCGCCGGAUCGGGCUGCGGCCGCUUUUCUUUCUUUGUAGCUUCGAAAACAAGCAAGAUGUCGGGAUCAUCCAACCUCGUCGUGAUGAAGAAAGUCGUCCAGCAGUUGCGUUUUGAAGCGAACAUCAACAGAGUUAAGGUGUCUCAGGCAGCCGCAGACCUGCAGCAGUUCUGUCUGCAGAACGCGCAGCAGGACGCCCUGCUGACCGGCGUGUCCUCCAGCACCAACCCCUUCAGACCGCAGAAAGUGUGCGCCUUCCUGUGACCACGCCCAACGGCCUUUUAACCCGCUGUUACAGGUGUUAUGUGGGAAACCCAGAACUUUCCAACCUCUGGAGUUUGGAAAAGGGAGCAAAGGAGCCACAUAUUUGCUUUACCUCAUUACUGCUAACUGCCACUUCUUUUUUUAACCAGUUGUGAAAUUUGUAAUAAAUCUUUAAGUUCUGAGUGUCUGAAAUUAUGAACCACUAUAGAUGUGGAGGGAACAGAUUAUUGGAGAAAAGUUUGCUAUUGGAACGAUUGGAAUAAAGUAAUUUAUUGUGCCUUAAUACGUGAAAACUUGUCAAAUUUCAACACUUUUAUAACAUGGAAUAAAGCCUU